AUGAGCAGUGAUGAAGCUAAACGUCUACUUGCUCAUAUUUGUUUCUUACGGAGAGAGUUGAAUGUUCGUUUUCACUAUUUACAAUAUAGUGAUAGAAAGGUUGAACUAGAUGAUCCGAUUAAAAUAUUAGAUGCUGAUGUUCAUAUGCAUCUGCGUAGGAAUGCCGUCUUUAUCACAGCGAGAAUGAAGGUAUAUUACGAUGCUAUACAUCCUGUACCGGGCGAUAUACGACCAGUAAGUGAAACUCCGGCAGUUGAUGAAACACAAAAACCGUCGAAUAUUGCCCAAAGAAAUACGCUUUCAUUUAUACUUGUUAAAGAUGAUGCUCAACUUAAUUAA